GCACAGUGACCAAUCAUCGAUCGUCCCUUCCACGAAUCAGAUUUUUUGUUUGAAAAGAAAUGGUGGAAUUACAUGACCGGAAGAAACCGGCGAAAUGGCCGGAUCUGAUCGGUCGUUGCAUAGUCUCUCUAUUACUUGUUUUGCUUACUCAAAGCACCCAAUUUCUUGUUCCUCACUUCUUCUCCGAUUUGUCCUUCUUCAUUCAACUCCUACUUUCAGCUGUGAUGCUUCUAACAGUUGCAAGCGCUGCUGGAUGGUGCAGGCGGCUUAUUCGAAUCCGCUCGUCUGCUCCAGCGUUCGUUUUCUUCAGUGUACUUUUCGUCUGGCUGGUUUACAUAGCUGUUGUUCGACAAGAUGCUUCGCUUUUGAUGAAUCUUCUGUUUAAUGGGCAGAUAAUCUUGCUCAUCUUUGGCCUUUGCAGGAUGUUACUCAGUGAUCCUGGUUUAGUGUCACAUAGUCCAUCGCCUUCGGAUGCAAUUCCCCAAAGUUCAGUUUUAGAAAUUGACACUCACCAUCAGGAUAUUGGAUUGGGUGAUAGGUUGAGAUGCUGUCCAAUAUGCAAGACAUAUGUGAAAGGCUUUGACCACCAUUGCCCCGCAUUCGGAAACUGUAUUGGGCAUAAAAAUUAUGUCCUCUUCAUGGUUUUACUAUUUGGAUUUAUCUGGACUGAAGCUACUUACAUAACGUGCUCAUCUCAAUAUUCGGCUGUGUCUGAACUUCUUGAUGGUGAUGGAGCUAGGUUAGAGGUCAAUUUCUCAAGGAAAGUGGCCAGGAGCACCAUGCUAUUCUCUAUUCUACAAUUAGUAUGGCAGGUGGCGUUUUUCUCGUGGCAUAUAUAUUGUAUCUGCUUCAAUAUUAGAACAGACGAAUGGAUUCAUUGGAAGAGGUAUCCAGAAUUUCAAAUUGUUGUUCAAUCUGAGCAGGGCCAAAGGUCCAGUGAAAUGAAGUUCAGAAACCCAUAUGACAAAGGAAUUUUACAGAAUGUAAAGGAGUUCAUGGUUUCAAAACAAUGAAACUUGUGUUUACGUGGAAUCAUUCUCUGGGAAACGAAUUUGUGUUGGUUUCUACAAUUUUCUGUGCCUAUUAACUUAUAUAUUCUUAAAGAAAAUAUAGGAAACGUAGCAAGAUCGAUCAUAAUCCCUACCAGCUACUGCCUUUUGGUUUCUACUUGCCCCUUUCCACUCUAUUAACUCCAAGUCGUGUGUUCACAGGUAAUUUGAUAAGUACAGGUCAAAUUUCGAACUCGAAGGAGCAACUUACUGUAUUCCUGACAAAGAGAACCCAAUUGAUUGAAGCAACCAUAUAAGUUCAUCUGUCGUCUUACUUAUUCUCUCAUUGUGUUCAUUCUUUUUACUAAUAGCUAAUGUCAAAAUCUAGAUAGGAAAAAGGCUCGUAACUUCAAGUUAGACAACAGUAAAUUUGUUGAGAAACCUGAAUCAUAACUUUGAAGGUAAAGGAAAAUUUACAUAGUU